AUGUCUAGACAGACCACAAUAAGGGGCAGAACAACCCCUACCAGUUUCACUGCUCUACUUGUAUAUGUGGAUGACAUUGUUUUGACAGGGAACUCUAUGAUAGAGAUCAACUGCAUGAAGGAACUCCUACACAAGAAGUUUAUAAUAAAGAAUCUGGGUGAACUCAAGUAUUUCCUAGGAUUGGAAGUAGCCAGGUCAAAGAAAGGCAUUCAUUUAUGCCAAAGGAAGUAUGCUUUGGACAUACUGGAGGAGAUAGGGAUGUUGGGAUGCAAACCUUCCUCUACUCCUUUCCUCAGUGAUACAACCUCAUUAUAUAAGGAGGACAGUUACUUGGAUGAUCUAGGUCCAUAUAGAAGGCUUAUAGGAAAGUUACUCUAUCUUACAAAUACAAGACCUGAUUUAUGUUUCUCUGUUAAUUUACUUAGUCAAUUCAUGCAAUCACCAACUGACUAUCACUAUCGUGCCAUUCAGCACAUUCUUAGGUAUCUUAAGUCCAAGCCCUCUGAAGGGCUGUUUUUCUCUGCUGACUCCCAUAUGCAGUUAAAGGCCUUUAGUGACUCUGACUGGGCUACUUGCCCCAAUACUAGAAGAUCCACAACAGGAUUCUGUAUCUUCCUCGGAUCAUCUCUCAUUUACUGGAAGUCUAAAAAGCAGAAGACCGUUUCCCGUUCUUCCACAGAAGCUGAGUACAGAGCACUCGCUGCCACUGUAUGUGAGAUACAGUGGCUAUGCUAUCUAUUACACGACUUCCAAAUUAAGGAGUCGGGGACUCCUGCUUUGUACUGUGACAACAAGUCUGCGAGACACAUAGCUCACAAUCAGAGUUUUCACGAACGCACCAAGCAUAUCAAGCUCGAUUGCCAUGUUGUUCGUGAAAAGCUUCAGGAACAUCUCCUCACCCUUCUUCCUGUGCGAUCCGAUGAACAGCUUGCCGACAUCUUCAUCAAAUUUCCUCAUCGCGUGAAGUUCAAGUCUAUUGUUCCCAAACUUGGAUUGGUGACCAUACACCAUCCAGUUUGA